UGGUAAAUAAAUAAAUUUAAUUGAGAAACUAUGGAAACGAAUGGGAGUAAAUUUAAUAGGAAAAAAAGCAGUAAUAGUUUGGAGGAUGAGUUGAUUGAUGAGGAGGAGGAGUUUAGAGAAGAUCCAGAGGGGGUGGAGUUUGAGGAUGGAGAGGAGGAGUUUUCUUCAGAAACCAAGGAUACAAUGGGGGCGAAGGAUGAGGAGCAGUUGUUGGAGGAUUCCGAAGCCAUGGAGGACUCGGAGCUGGAAGCGAUAAAGGCCCGCGUCCGUGAGAUGGAAGAAGAGGCCGAAAAGUUAAAACAGCUCCAAACCGAGGUCGAUCGGCAGAUGAGCAUUGGGCACUCCCCCCUAAACUCCUCCCGGCUGUCCACGUCCUCGACGUCGACGACGACACCGAACGCGGGUGGGGGUUCGUCGGACACGUUGUCGUUGGAGGAGAAAAUGGAGGUGGACGCGCGGUCGGUUUAUGUGGGGAACGUGGACUACGGGGCGACGGCGGAGGAGCUGGAACAGCAUUUCCAUGGCUGCGGGAGUAUUAAUAGGGUCACCAUUUUGUGUAAUAAAUAUGAUGGGCAUCCAAAGGGUUUCGGCUACAUAGAGUUCACGGACCGGGAGAGCGUCAACACGGCCAUGGCCAUGGACGAGAGUUUAUUCAGAGCCAGGCAGAUUAAGGUGAUGCCCAAGCGCACCAACCGCCCGGGCCUGUGUCGGACGGACCGCCCCCCCAGUUUCCGCGGGGCGGGGGGUGGUCCAAUGCGCGGAAGGGGGGGUUUUCGAGGCAGGGGCCGGUUCAACUCGAGGUUUCCAAGACGCGGCGGUGGUUUCCGUGGUGGUAGCGCAAGAGGAAAUUAUUUCUCACCUUAUUAAUUAUCUCGUUUUAAAUAAAAAUUCGUUGCUAUGGGGAUUUUUUAUCUUUAAAAAUUGUUAAUAAAAAUUUAUGUGUCUCAA